AUCCAAAGGAAAUGUGUGGGACUGGGAGCACGCUCUGUGUUUGUAAGUAGCCCAAGCAUAACUGACAAAGUAUUUCAUCGUUUAACGCUAGGUGCUGGGCUAUAUUCCGGUACAAACACGGCUGUAUUAAACGACAAGUAAGGGGGGGAUUGGGGAAGCGACCGUCGUUAGGUCAAAAUGUCGAUUCAGUACGAGGUGGAACAGCUGGCUGACAGCUACGGGGUUGCGGACUCGUUCCCCAAAGAUUUUGGCUAUGGAGAAGAGGAGGCCGACAUCGAGGACAGCCCAGCACCGUCCGAUAGCAAACCGAGAAUCCUGCUGAUGGGUUUGCGAAGAAGCGGCAAAUCGUCAAUACAAAAGGUGGUAUUCCACAAAAUGUCUCCCAAUGAGACUUUGUUCUUGGAGAGCACCAACAAGAUCUACAAGGACGACAUCUCCAGCAGCUCCUUCGUGAACUUCCAGAUCUGGGAUUUCCCCGGCCAGGUGGACUUCUUCGACCCCACCUUUGACUAUGAGAUGAUCUUCAGAGGAACCGGGGCCUUGAUAUUUGUCAUUGAUGCUCAGGAUGAUUAUGUGGAGGCCUUGGGCAGGCUCCACCUCACUGUGUCACGGGCCUACCGGGUCAACCCAGAGAUCAACUUUGAGGUGUUCAUCCACAAAGUAGACGGCCUCUCAGACGAUCACAAGAUUGAGACCCAGAGAGACAUCCACCAGAGAGCCAAUGAUGACCUCGCAGACGCUAGCUUAGAGAAACUGCACCUCAGCUUCUAUUUAACGAGUAUCUACGACCACUCCAUCUUCGAAGCCUUCAGCAAAGUGGUGCAGAAACUCAUCCCUCAACUUCCCACUCUGGAGAACCUCCUAAACAUCUUCAUUUCUAAUUCAGGGAUAGAGAAGGCCUUUUUAUUUGAUGUGGUCAGUAAAAUCUACAUCGCCACAGACAGCUCCCCUGUAGACAUGCAGUCCUAUGAGCUGUGCUGCGAUAUGAUCGAUGUGGUCAUCGACGUCUCCUGCAUCUACGGCUUGAGGGAGGACGGCAGUGGCAGCGCCUACGACAAGGAGUCCAUGGCCAUCAUCAAGCUAAACAACACCACUGUGCUGUACCUGAAGGAGGUCACCAAGUUCCUCGCCCUCGUCUGCAUCCUGCGAGAAGAAAGCUUCGAGCGCAAAGGAUUGAUAGACUACAACUUCCACUGUUUCCGGAAGGCUAUCCACGAAGUAUUCGAGGUUGGCGUCUCCACUCAGCGCCUGGCAGGCCCCCAGGCAGUGGGCACGCCCUGCACCAAGGCUGUGGCUCUCAACGGCACGCCACGCAACACGGUCUAGACACCCAGAGAGAUAAAAAAAAAAAAAAAGAAGAGGCCAAGAGAGGGUAGAGGAAAGGAAAGAGGGAGAAGGGCCAGGGAGCCUGCGGAGAAGAGACUAAUGGAUUGGGGCUCACCAGUGCACCAAUCAUGAUCCCUUGCUCCCAGCACCUAAAGCACUGAGAGACGGCUAGAGCCAAGAGAACGUAGGAGCAGCACUGGAGCACAGAGGGGGCACACACUUCUCAAGAUAGGAUGGAAGGGAAAUUCAAGCAUCCGUUUCAGGACGAGUGCACGGCAUUUUUAGGCACACUGUUGGCUGCGAGGGAGUCAAUAUUGUAAAAACGCACCUGGACUUGUGUACACUAGAGAGAGAGCAAAAGGUGUUGUGGAUUUUUCCUUGGCUUUCCCAUUGCAGUCAGAGGAGGGGGUGAUGGCUGUGACAAUUUGCUGCUGGUCCUUCUAUGUGAACUAUGGAAAAAAAAUAAUACAACUUUAUUGUAACUCCUUGCAUUGGACAAGCUGUAAUGUCAAUUUGCAGGGAUCAGAAUAGUGAUGUACCCUUAUAAAAGGCCCUUCCCCCCCCGAACCCACCCAGUUCUGCGCUGAUGAAAAAAUGGUGGAUGAGAACAGCUAGUCCAAAACCCCCCUCACAAGUUCAGAGAUGGCCUUAUGUAGAUGAAGCUUGCCUCAGACGCAAGCUUUCUCUCACUACCAUUCACCUCACGCUACCUGAAUGCUGCCCAAAACUUGCUUUUUGGUUUCACUUCUGAAGGGAAAAACAAGGUUCCUCGAGCAGAGUGAUAAGGGAUUGCAGUGUCCAUCUGUUAGGCUUUUUAUGUGUGGUAUGUGAGUGUGUGCGUGCGUGUGUAUGUGUGUGUGUCUGUGUGUGUUAAAGAAAGGUAUUGUUCCUCGAUUCCAGACUGGGCCCCAUAUCUAUACUCGUGAAGGACCUGUGCUAAACAUUGUAUGAUGUCCUAGUUAUGCAAACAGCUUGGCAAAGUAAAGCUACUCCUAGCCGUUUGAUCAGCGAGAGUAACUACUCUGCGUGUACUCCACCUAAAAUCAAACUUUGUAAUUGAUAUUGCUGAUAUUAGGUUGUAAGAUUGGAAAAAAUGAAUUUGGCUACAGAUUUCAGUGGAAAAUAUUAAUAAAAAUGUUGCCAAAAUUAAUUAUAAAAUUGAAAUAAUCAAAUGGGUAAGAAAAUGUAGUUCAUAAUCAAAGACCUAUUUUCUGCCAGUUUGUAAUGAUAUUAUUGUCUUGAAUUAAUCGUAUCUGGUUGAGUUGCAGGACUGGAGUCAGAAACUAUAAGGUGUGCAUUCCUCAUUGGCUGUUUAGAGUGAAUGUAAUAAACAUUUUGGAAUCAUAAUGAAGUGGACUCAAAUAAGAUUUUUUUUUUUUAAAAAACCACCUAUCGUGUCAGUCCUGCCCAGAAUGAUUCCAUUUCUUUUAUAUUUAGUGUGGCUGUAAUCACAAAAAUUCACAAGAACAAAACACAACAGAAUAUUCAGCAGCGUCCAAUACCCAUUCCAAGCAUGUAUGCAUCAGUGUAUUGUCAACUUGUAUUGUUCAACCCUAACAUCGCUCAUUGUAUUUAAAGGUGGGAAUGUGAAAGUGGACUAACCAAGAAAAUUAAACAUGGAAAAGAGGAGAAUAAGACCAAAUUUCAUUACUGUUGCCAUUUACAAUUACAUGCAAGAUGUUCAAGAUGUCCUUUCUUUUCUUUUCUUUUCUUUUCUUUUUUUUUUUUUUAAAUCGGGGCAGAUGUGGGGACUCAGACUGGCUUCAUCUAAAGACACGUCCUGUCAACCUAGGCCAUUAUCAGUCACAUGAAAAUAAACACUUGCACAUCUGAACCAUGAUGGAUGAUUGAUUUGAUGUAUUAUGACGCUAUACUGUGUGAAAUAAAUGAAAAUCUCAAUUUU